AUGAACACUUGUCGGAUGGAGAAGGAGCUGCAGCAGGCGAAGGAGCAUUUAAAAUUAACAGGGCAGCUCUCGAAAGAGCUAGCUAGUGCCCAGCGAGAAAUUCGUGAGUUACGGAGAGCGAACGACAUCCAGUAUAUUCUCAGGAGAAACUACUCAAAACCUGCGAAGCUUGUGUCGGACUCGAGGAUACAGCCACGAUUGUCUGCAUCAAUGAAUGACGAGGAGAACGUCUUCUCGUCACUACCAGACAACGUGAUGCUCAAGCUGUUUUCCUUCUUGGACGAGGACAGUAUGGUCGCAAUUAGCGUCACUGAUAAAGUGCUGGUGAGGCGAGUGAAUGUGAUGUUUGGACGACCUGCAUCGCCUCCACCUAGAAAGACGUCGAAGGGCCGAAGUCUCAGCUUCAUCGGGUCGUCAGAGAAGGACAAGCUCUCGAAGGUGGACGCGAUCUGA